CUGUUGUAAGUCGAGGACAGAUUUUUAGUGAGCUUGGUCUGCAUGAUGGCCAUGUUUUGGCGGGGCCUUAGUCAAUCGUUGGUGACACAGCAUUACAUUAGCUUUUAUUACUUUAUUUAUGUUAUUGUUCUUUUAAAUUGUUGCUAGCACCAAGUUGGGUGGCUUUUAAAUAAACUAACAACUCUCCACCCAGCAAGUAACAAUUAACUUUCAUGAAGCCAACAGCUGCUUUUCCCAAUACCACAUUUUUCAUUGUCUUAAAUUGAAAGCUACCUUUCCCCUUUUUGCCCUCCUACCCCAUUUUUGUAUUGGCUGGUGUCCAUGGCCUCACCUUUUUUUUUCUUCUUUUUUUUGCCACACAAAUAAAUCCAUGUAUGAGUUGACUCAUGAAUCACCUGCUCCAAUAAUGAAGUCUGAAUCACCGGACUAAGGACUAAAACCUUACUGCAAGGCACUAGUCCUCAGCAAACAUCUCCAGCUGACCUCCACACACCUCCUCUACCUCCUUGGAAGAGUGACCCGCUACGAAGCCCUUGAAAGUGGGAAAGGGGGCUGUUUCUGGACUCGGCUCCAGUUCCACGUUGCUGGUUUCUGGGUUGAAAAAAAAAAUCCGAGCAAAGUUGGCUUGAUUCCCAAGGCUCCGAUUGCGGCGUUGUUGUUACUUGACGGAGCGGUAUGAGAAGUUUACAACCAGUUCUGCAAUGAGCAAACAGCUAUUGCCAAAGAAGAUGCCUUUGGAUUUUAGGAAUGUCUGUGUCCUUCUGCCAGACCGAGAGCAGCUCAGUUUGACUGUUGGGGUAAAAGCCACAGGACAAGAACUCUUUGACCAAGUUUGUGAUGUACUGAAAAUUAAAGACCCUCAUUUCUUUGGCAUCAGUGUUGUAAAAAAUAACGAAUAUGUAUUUAUUGAUCUGGAGCAGAAGCUUUGUAAAUAUUUUGUAAAGGAGUGGAAGAAAGAAGGAAGUAGAGGAACAGAAAAGUUCAUUCCUCCUUUGGUUGCGUUCUUCAGAGUACAGUAUUAUGUAGAAAAUGGGCGAGUUAUAAGUGACCGGGUAGCCCGACAUUAUUACUACUGCCAUCUGAGGGAACAAGUGUUGAAGUCACGAUGCACCAACAAAGAAGAAAUUUACUUCCUACUGGCUGCUUAUGGUCUGCAGGUUGACCUUGGUGAUUACAAAGAUAACGUCCAUGGAGAGAACUAUUUUGAACCUCAGACAUAUUUCCCUCAAUGGAUAAUUGCCAAGCGAGGGAGCGAUUACAUCCUAAAGCAUGCACCACAGAUGCACCGAGAACAGAAAGGGCUGUCAACCAGAGAAGCUAUUCUGAAGUAUGUCAAGGAGUCGUGUCUGCUGGAAGAUGUCCCUGUCCACUUCUACAGAUUGCAUAAGGAUAAGAAGGAGGAUCGUCCUACAGUCAUCCUUGGUUUGACACUUAAAGGGAUACACAUCUAUCAGGAAGUAAACCACGUUCGACAACUACUUUACGAUUUUCCCUGGUCACAUAUUGGAAAAGUUGCAUUUCUGGGGAAAAAAUUUGUGAUCCAGCCAGAUGGUUUGCCUUCUGCCCGUAAGUUGGUUUACUAUACAGGCUGCCCCUUCCGAUCUCGGCAUUUGCUACAACUGCUCAGCAACAGUCACCGGUUGUUUCUUAAUAUCCAGCCCAUACUCAAACAGAUCCAGAUGCUGGAAGAUGCAGAAGAGAAAAAGAGGUAUCGAGAAUCCUACAUCAGUGAUACUUUGGAGAUAGAUUUCGAUCCAUCAGAUAAGCAUUCUCAUGACAGUGGAAGCAGCAGAGGAAGUGAGAGUAACAACCGACUGUCUCGACAGUCCACUGACAGCCAUGGCAGUUCACACACCUCUGGCAUUGAGGCCGACUCGAGACAACACCUGUCCAUGGAGAUGUCUGUGGACGAACCCUUUGGGCUGGAUCCAGUUCAUCAGAAGGAGCAGUCCUGCAGUUCCAACCUCAGUUAUAGUAGCUCUGGAAUUGAUAGCGGCAGCAAAGAGAAAGCUGAAAAUGACUUGCACGAUGAUGAGGUGGAAUUGGCAGUGGAUGAACCAGAUACUUUACCUGCAGAUGAAUCUCAUUUUGAAGAAAUGAUCCGUGAGGAAUCUAUUGAUUCUGAGGCAAAAGAUGGUAUUUGGUGCCAAGAUAUUAAUAAGGAUCCUUUAUCUUUGGUGCAUGUUGCCGUAAUAAAUGUCAAAGGCCAGAGUGCGGACUCGCUUAAUCAGAUUGCCCUGCCCAAAACAGCAAAGGGCCCAGAGCAGCACAGCCAAAGUCUAGAUGAUGUCCGUCUCCGCAAAUGUCUGCAUUCGCCAUUGAGCACCACGUUGUCAUCAGAUACCUCUCACAGUUAUACUUUUGGUUGUGCCUUUGAGGAUAAGCUAGCCAGCUAUGGAUGUGUGUAUUCAACAGCCGAUUGUAAAACUAAAUCAGCACUCUAUGGAAAGAGGUCCAUGAACUGCUUGUCUUUAGAUCUCUUGGGAGAAGAUAAGUUCCCAGAAGAAUUUGUGGUGUAGCCACAUGGUGGAAGCUCUUGGAUCAUCUUUUCAGAACAUCUGCAAAACCAUUGAAUUACUACUGUUGGGAAACAGUACAUGCACAAGUAUCUUUAAUGCUUUAUAUCUCACUGGAACAUUUUGUCACUAAGAAUGCAGCUGGCAAAGGACCUCAAAUAGUGAAUGUCCAACCUAAAUGUAUUUCCUCCUAGUCUGUUGCAUCAGACACUUUUUCUUCACCUGGUUGUACUAUGUAUAAUUUGGAGGGAGGGGGGACAUUUCCAUUUUCCUGAAACCAGUCUACUGCCAGCAAUUAUCUACUAUGCCGAAGCUUAUGAUUUCCAUCAUCAUUAGCUUCAUCAAGCUAGAAUAUGCAUUGUUUUUAUAAACUGUUUUUUUUUAAUUCAUGACUCUCCAAUUUUUUUUAAUUAUAAACAACCUUUUUUGCCUAUUUUCAAUGUGAAUAAAUCAAUGUAGGUGGGGAAAACUGUUUUCAGGCUUUGCUUCUCCUUGUUUUAUUUACUUCUAUGUAGGGAGAUAUCCCUGUUUGUUAGAAGCCGCUAACGUGCAGUAAUGUUUGUAGGGGCCUGAUCCGUGUGAUAGAAUACUAUGUAAGAAACAGAAAGAAUUAUACAAACAAAUGUUGCCCCUUUUUUAGAAAUGAUCAGCAGGUCACUGACUAGAAAGUUCUAUACUAUUGGUAUAAAGGGUAUUCAGAGCUAUAUCAAAAUUAUCCCCCUAUCUGAAGGAUAAUACAAUUCAGUACUGAAAUCUCAUUGGUUUGGAACUAGGUGCACUUUUUAUAUGAUUAUUAUUCUAGAUGGAUAUUAACUACUCAUUCUUGAGAAAUGUUAGCUUGCUAAUGCUUGAUUUAUUUCACAAAGAUGGUGUUGCCAUAAGUUUCGUAAGACACACAUGGACAUGUGUUUCUUCUGAGAGACACCAUCUAUCUAUGAGGAGCUGAUAGCCUCAUGCCAGCAGGUCUGUUCUGAGUCUUUUCUGAAAAAAAUGUGAAUUGGGAAAUAGGGCUGGUGGCUGCUCUUUCCUCCCUCAGGGGCCCCUUGUAUUAAUGCUGUGUCAUAAAACAUUAUCAUUCCAAGGACGGGGUUGGAAGGGCAAAGGGGCCACUUAUAGGAGUAUCUUGGCAGUAAACCUAUUCUGGAAAAAGAAAAA